UCUGAACGCGUGAGUACCUCAGACGUAUUCAUACGUACCAGUCACGGCAAGCAAGGCGUGGAAGCCUGUACGACUGUUAAACCUCGACGAUUCUCAGCUAAAUUAUGAGUGCCAUCAGGAUUUCAACCGAUUUGUUGAAUUUGCCGUGCCACCAGGAAGGACUUGAACCAAACCAAGUGACGGCCUACUAUGACAAGUGGUCUGCUGAUUAUGACAAGGCCCUUUCGCCUGAGACAUACAAAGGACCACAAAUAGCUCUAGAAGAGAUAAUGUGCCAUGUCCCAUCUCAUCUGCGCUCCACCUUCCGCGUCCUGGAUGUGGCGGCAGGUACCGGAAUUGUGGGAGUGAAGUUGGCCGGGGCAGGCUUCAGGUUCCUAGACGCUGUGGAACCCUCUUCAGGAAUGAUCAAGAUACUAAAGGAAAAGAAUGUGUACCAAAAUAUCUUUCAAAUAUACAUGGGGAAUAAUGACACUAUGAUUCCCCCAGACACCUACAACCUCGUGGUAGCAGUGGGAGCGAUGGCAGAAAGUCAUCUCCCCAUUAAUAGUGUUGACGAAAUGAUAUCUGCCUGCAAACCUGGCGGCUUUGUGAUUAUAGCAAUGCGGUACGAGUUCCUGCACAAGACUGAAGCCUACCGAGGCAAACUGAUACCUUACAUGGACGGCUUGGAAGAGCGAGGCUGCUGGAAGAUGGUAACAAAAAAACUGGUUCCUAAUUUCUUCUGCGAAAUGGAAGGUCUCGUCCUGACGUACAGAGUGCAGUGAACACACACACACACACACACACACACACACUCAAGAAUGAAUAUAAAGUAAAUCUGAUUGACGUUUUCUGUUACAUUACACACCAUAGUAAAGAAACAGACCAUUGAUAUACUCAAGCGUUUCCUGUUGGCUUGGCUUAACAUCAUUUUAUAAUGAGAGAAUUGUAAAAUAUUUCUCCCCUAAUAAAAGUUGUCUAUC